AGUGAAAAAUUAUUUAGCGGAGGGAAGACUGAUUACCAAAAAAAUAUAUAUCGAAUUUCUAAAGAUAAUUGUAACAUUUUAGCGAAGAAAAAUGAAUGGGCCGAUAAAAAUGUAUCGAACACGACAAAUUAUUCACCACGAUCAAAAGAUUGACAAGCCGAAAUGUAUGUAUGCUCUAAAAAAUAUCUACUCAAAAGACUCCCAAGAUAUGGUCGACGAGUCCACAGAUCACGUUUCCAGAACGAACGAAAAAUCGAGGAUAUUCGACCAGGUUAAACAGUUUUUAAAGAAUAACCAUCAAAUUCCUGGCAUGGCAGAAUUAGAAGCUAAACAAGAGGAAAUUUUAAAACAGCUGGCAGACCUCAAGAAACAAAUUCUCUCAAUUAAAUUGGAUUUAAAAAUUAAUGCAAAUUCAGUAGCAACAAAUAAGACUUCCCCAAGUAUGUCAGCAGAAAAGCUGGAUGCUCUUCCUGAUCUUGUUGUGAAUGCAAGCCCAACAAAUCCGCCAUAUUCGUUACUGCUAAUUCAGAAGCUACUACAUGACAUUGUUGAAUUGAAGGUUACGUCCCAUAUACACUCCUCAGUUCCAACAUUGGAUGAAAAUGCCAAAAAACUCAGUGACUCAUUGGCAAGUUAUGUACCAAAAAGUGGUGUACCAAGUGUUAACAUUAAAUUGAUAUGGAAAAAUGUUGGCAUCGACACACAACUCAUGGUAUCACACGUUCCAAUUUUUGGAGAAGUCAACUUAUUAAGAUAUUUAACUAGGGUAAUCAGUUCUCCGCUCAGCUACAGUUCCGACUCUGAUAGUGUAGAAAUCGAUUCGAUAUUAGACACUUGUUAUCUUCUUCUGAGGGCACAAACGAAAAGUGAAAGGGCAGGACAUGUUGCUAUAUUAAAUAAAUCCUUAGGAAAAUCCGAAUGGUUAGCAGGUCGAAGUAGAUAUAGUCUGGGGGAUCUUGCUGCCUAUUCUGCCCUUAAACAGGUUACAAAUGGUAAAGAAAUGAAUGGAAAUUUGACGAAGUGGUAUCAGCGGUGUGAAGCUGUUGUAUAAAAUUGUUUUUAUUAUAAAUAUAAGCCUCAAAACCUUUAUUUUGUUUGAUUUUUGAUCUAAUACUCCCUGUAGUUCUUCACUACACCACUAGUUUACAAU